GGGAUCGGUCAGUCAAGAGACAUGGGAGUGGAAUUACAGUGAACACGGUGUUUUACUGAGAGACUUUCCAUCGCGGUUCUCUCUCGUCCUCGCAUCUCUCGACUUCGCGAUGUCGAUCAGGCCGCUGUGGCCCGACCUGCGACCGCGCUCGACCGAUCCGCUGUGGUUCAACGCCGACAGACCGUGCGACGACGAGAGCGAGGUCGCCGCUCUCGAGGCGGAGCACCAGGCCUGGAGGGAUCACGUGCGGGUGCAGGGCUACGAGCACAUUCCAAUCGGGAAGACGGUGAGCGAUUUCAGAGGCUCGGAGGGAGAGGAAGAGGAGGAGGAGGAGGAGGAGGGAGAGGGCGAAGAGGAAGACGAGUCGGACACCCACGAGGAAGAGGAGGAGGAGCUCGACGAGAUCGACAUGGAAGUCAGUUAUUCCCAUCAUCCGCAGAGAUCCAGUCCGACGGACACGGUGACCGCUCCCGUAUCCAUUCGGAUGGUCAAUGCAUCGAAUUUGACUCGUUAUUCUUAAUCUCUGCGUGUCGAUUCGAAUGUAUAUACCUGUGAUCGCGCGAGUCUCGUAUAAUUAUCUAGUUAAGUAAAAUAUAAUUUUAAUGCGAUUAUUUAAAUGUCCAUUUUAUUGGAAUUCUAUAUAUAUUUAUAUAUAUAUAUCGAUGGUAUCAACGUGCGAAUGAAUACAAGUCUAUUCGUUCUCUAUUCCUAA